CACACCGAAGCAGGAUUUUCAGCGAACGUGGCAGGUGUGGAGAGCCGCGUAGCAUCAUGAGUACGCUAGAGGCCCACCAGGUGUCGCAAUAUUUCGUGAUCGCUUACCUCAGCAACCAUCAACAACAACAAACAGCCAUUAAAGCUGAAGCCUUCAACAAUUACUACUCCACCAAACCAGGCCCGAUUUUCGCGAUUAAUAUGUUAAAUGAUAGCCCGAGAACUCCUCUACAAUCCCCAAAUCAACCCGAGUACGAUACUGGUCACCGUGUUCGAUAUUUUUACGACGCCGAUCGAAAGCCCGAUGGCAAGACUUUUACAGAAUUGGCCCGCGAACAUGGGAUCGGUGAGGCCACAGCUCGUAGAUAGCGACGGGAGAGGAAGUUAAUGGGUACACCAAAGGCUAUAAGGCGUGUACGCAAGCAGAAAGCACAGAAGAAGGGACACAAGCUUGGGAGACCUUUUACAAUACCUCAAGAAGUACUUGACGAUAUGGUAGAGCCUUCAAAUCCUGUGCGCAACCAGCCCCUAGUCAUCUAAGCUCGCCACUACGGAAUACACGCCAGCGAGAGAACUAUCCAGUACAAUUUACGGACGCGCAAAAAUUAAGCUCAACUCUACGUCGCCGGCUAUACAAAGACAGUAUUAGAUAAUAAUAAGGGCAAGAGAGUAAAGUAUGGCGCGGAUUACAAGAACGAACUAGUUAUUAGGUGGUAGGACCUCGUAUACUUUACCGAUAAG